UUCUCUUCCACCUUCAGACCAGUCAAAAGAAAGAGAGAAGACAGAGAAAACCCAAGAACUGUCGCCGCGAGAUGGAGCCCUUGUCGGGCGCCGCCGCCGCCGCCGCCGCGGCUGCUGGUGGCGGUGGUGCAUCAAGGCCACCGAGCUUCGCCUCGCAGACCAAUGCCCUCCUGCGCAAGAAUCUCAUCUUCCAGAAGCGCAACAGGAAGGCAACCAUUCGGCUAAUCAUAGUUCCGAUAUACCUCUGUGUAUUACUCAGUGUCCUGCAACGAGUCAUCAACAAUUUAUUGGAUAAACCGAAAUACAAGUGUGGAUGCAUGUGUGUUGAUGUGAAUGGCACAGGUCCUUGCCAAAAUGUGUGUGGCAUUCAGUACUCUACAUUGGACCAGGCUGGCAGUUGCCCUAUACCAAAUCCUCCUGAGUGGCCUGCUCUCUUGCAAGUACCCCACCUCGAGUAUCGUGCCACCCAGGAUUCCUCUGAAUCAUGCAGAAAGUCACAAUCCUGCCCGGCCGCCAUACCGUUCACGGGGGCAAAUGAAACUCUAUCUACUACUGUCAUGCAGAACAUGUUCACAGACUCGCCACUUUCAAAUCUUUCUGAUAAUGCGAGCAUAUCUGGUAUUCUCCUGGGGACAGAUAUGCCAGGUACUUCUACGGGCUUCAUCGAACCUGCUUUUAUUUCGGAUGUACCCAUUUAUGUUCUUCAGUCGGAAUGCAAGUCCAGGAAUUCAGUUACACUCCGCACUACCAUUGAUGCUAUUAAUGUUCAGAAAGAGAUAAAAUGUGUUCAAGGUCUACCUUUGUGGCGGAAUAGUUCAAGAACAAUCAAUGAGGAGACCUUUAAGGGUUACCGGAAAGAAAAAAUAGGGAAAGGAAUUAGUGAAGUUGCAAUGGCUUAUGAUUUCCAAGACUCAAACGAGAAGCGUUUCAAUGUGCUUGCAUUGUAUAACUCGACUUAUCAGAAUAUCUCUUAUGUUCCAAUGCCAUUCGGACUUCUGCGUGUUUCACGUUCACUGAAUGCGGUCUCAAAUGCCUAUCUCCAAUUCCUACAAGGUCAAGGUUCAGGCAUAAAAAUGUUGCUUGAGUUUACAAAAGAAAUGCCAAAGCAAGCGACUCGUCUGACGAUUGAUUUUUCUUCUCUUAUUGGUCCUCUCUUUUUCGAAUGGGUUGUUGCGUUGCUUUUCCCGGUUAUGUUGACAUACCUUGUAUAUGAGAAGCAACAUAAGCUCCGAACAAUGAUGAAAAUGCACGGGCUUGGAAAUGGCCCUUACUGGAUUAUCUACUACGCAUACUUCCUUAUCUUGUCUACGGUGUAUCUUGUGCUAUUUGUCAUUUUUGGAGCCCUUAUAGGUCUAAAUUUUUUCAAGACGAAUGACUAUGGUAUCCAGUUUGUUUUCUUCUUCAGUUUCAUUAACUUGCAGAUUGUAUUAUCUUUCCUAGCUGCAACAUUCUUUUCGAAGGUUAAUACUGCUCAAGCAAUUGCAUAUCUGUACAUAUUUGGAUCAGGGUUAAUGGCAGGAUCUCUUAUUCGGAAUUUUCUUGAAGGUGGAAAAUUUCCAAGACACUGGAUUACAGUUCUGGAGAUAAUACCUGCAUUUUCUUUAUAUAGAGGAUUAUGUGGGCUUAGCCAAUAUGCUAUUAGGGCUUCAGAAACGGGAAAUCCUGGCAUGCGAUGGAGUGAUCUAAAUGACCAUACAAAUGGAAUGAGGGAUGUGAUGAUCAUUAUUAUUGUUGAGUGGUUGGUUUUGCUUCCUGUUGCAUAUUAUUUUGACUAUGCUGCUUCAGUUGGAAACAGCUCUGGCCUCCUUUCCAUCAUCAAAUGUCUCCUAAGAAAGAACACCACUUGGAGAAGGAUAGCUGUUAACGAAGUUGCCGACAAUGAUGUUCAUGUGGAAAUGGAGAAGUUAGACAUUAUUAAAGAGAGGGAGACUGUUGAUCAAGUACUACAGCAGCGGAACAGUGGCUACGCUGUUGUCUGUGACGAUCUCAAGAAAGUAUAUCAUGGAAAGGAUGGUAACCCUGAUAAGUAUGCUGUUCGAGGUCUAUCACUUGCUUUGCCGUACGGAGAGUGUUUGGGCAUUCUUGGUCCUAAUGGAGCUGGCAAGAGCUCUUUUAUUAGCAUGAUGAUUGGGUUUUCAAAGCCAACAUCAGGGAAUGCAUUUGUACAGGAUUUCAGCAUACAUACUGACAUGGAAAACAUAUACAACAGCAUGGGGGUUUGUCCACAGAUUGAUAUGCUAUGGGAGAUGCUGACUGGCAGAGAACAUCUCCAGUUUUAUGGUCGACUGAAGAGCCUCACUGGUUCUGCUUUGGACCUUUUACAAAGGCCGGUGCCACCACUACUCCCUGCUGAACAAUUUCGUGAACGAACCAGUUCCCCGAGCCCCGUGUCGCUCCCCGCGAGCGGCCCGGGCGCUAACCCUAGCCGCCGGGCACCGCCGCCACCCAUCCCCCCCUCCUCCCCCGCUGCCGCCGGCGAGCGCCGCCCGGGCAAAGCCCGUGUGGUGUCGGCGGCGGCGGGCUCUUCCACUCCCGCUUGCGAGGUGGGCUGCGCGGGGCAGCUGCGCCAAGCGGACGAGGCAGGCGCGAGGCGCUGCGGCGUGUGGCUGUGCGCGGGCCGGCGCUGCUCGGCACGCCAUGGUCGCGGCAUGGGAGCCGUGGGCGCUCGAGGUCUCCAGCCCACGCGGCUCUGGCGUCGAGGGCGCGCGUUGUGGCGGGCUUGGCUGCGCUGGGAGGCGCCGUGCUCGCGCGCCGGGGAUCCGGAUCUGGCGCCUGGAUGCCACGCCGUGGCUCUGGCGGCCCGGAUCUGGUGUGCCCGCGGGGCCCCGCGGCUGGCGGCUUGCCUGCGGCUCGGAUCCAUGGCGGUGGCCAUGGCUGGUGGCACGCGGCGCAGCUUGGCGGCGAGCGGCGCCGGCGUGGACAGGUGGACCAAUUCCCUGGCCAUGUGGAUGGCGGGGAGGUGGUGGGCUUCGGCUGCGGCGGCGGUUCCUCGCUGGAUGUUGGUGGCCAUGGUGAUGUUUGUCCUCGACCCCGAUCUACUCCGAUCUGCAGCGGAUCCGGCCCUUGGUGGCUUCGGUCACCGUUCUUGGUGCUGGCCUUGCAGAUCCGGUGGCUGGAAGGGUUCUGGGGGAAUCUCUUGGCCGGCGUGGCGGCCACUCCGAUGGCAGUGCCUUUGGGUGUUGCUUCCCUCGUUGGAGGCUUCGGAGAGGACCUCCUUCCUUCCACCCCUCCCAGGAGCUCAGGUGAAAACCUCAGAACCUUCGGUUCCAAGCGACGACGACACCACGGUGCCGUGCUCCUUACUGAAGGCGUUGCUCGGGGGCUGCUUAAGUGGCGGUGGAAGUGGCGGCGGUUCGGUGUCGACACAUGCAUUCUGGUCAGCUUCAUCUUGGAGGUUGCGGCGACGUAGGCGACGCUCGUCUGGUGGAGCUACUGCCGAUGGUCGAGGCAUAGUCGGUAGUCUGCGCCAUCAGGUUCGGGGUGCUCAGGGGGAAACCCCAGAUCUGGGUCUUCCGGAUCGGAUGAUGAUAGCGUUCUAUCGCUUACCCUUCUGGGGGCAUCGUUUUGGAGCAAGUGCUGGCUGGAGGGAUGGUGGAGCGGCGUUUCAUCUCACACUUUGAUGGCGGCGGAGAUUGAUGGCAUGGCGCUGUGGAGACUUGGCGUCCGAUGUGCGGAGAUGGGCUCGCGCAGGAGGAGGUUGCUGUCUGGCGUCAUGGUGACGUCGAUGGCUGAGUGGCCAGACAAGGUAGAAGCCUCAAUAUGAUCUGAAGACCUGUGGAAGAUGGCGACGACGACACACGAGUGCGUCUGACCGGAUUGUGCCCC